AUGCAUUUUCACAUACUCGGAAUAGGGCCAAUCGGCUCUUUGAUAGCGUACCAUUUGCGCCGAGCUCUUCCGCCCAACCAUGCCGUUAGUCUCAUCCACAAAAACCUUCGCCAGAGCAGGGAGUCCAUCUCUUCUGGUGGCUCAGUGUCCGUUGAACGCGAUGGCCACGUAUCUACGGCGGUAGGCUUCCGCCAUGAAGUCUUCGAACAACCAUAUAUACAGGCUCAAACCCAGAAUGAGGACCCAAAAUCCACGGAAUCACCGUCGUCCAGCUUAUACGAGUCGGAUGAAUUCAUAGAAUCACUUAUCGUCACCACCAAAGCCCACCAGACAGUGCCAGCUAUUCGGAGGCUCCUGCCUCGCAUCUCACGCGAUUCGACCAUUGUCCUUCUGCAGAACGGCAUGGGUGUAUACGAGAAGCUAGCUUCGGAGAUAUUUCUCAACGCCCGGCUGCGGCCCCAUUUUGUCCUGGCCUCCAACACCCACGGUGCGUUCUUCAAGAGCAUGCAGAAAGUAGUCCACACCGGUGUAGGCGCUAUCGACUUUGGCAUUGUCCCCGAUAUCAAUGGCCGCGACUACGAAGCCGGGUUCGCGAAUGGCAACAAGCCUCACCCCCACGACAUCAUCCAAGCUCAGGAAGACCCCGCAUUCCCCCACUAUCGCACCCUUCGUAACACCGUCGCGGCCUUGCUAAUGCUCAAAUCCCUCAACACGAGUUGGAAACCCAUGGCCGAUAUUCAGGUCGCCAUGCGCCGCAAACUCGCCGUCAACGCAGUGAUCAACCCCCUCACCGCGCUGAUGAACUGCCGGAACGGCGAUCUUUUCAAAACGGAGGCUUCUCUGCGCAUCAUGCAACGCGUCUGCCAAGAAGCAACCGACGCGUACACCGCUCAGUUGCGUGCCGAGGCGGAGGACUACCUAAGCAAGCAAGCCUCGCAAGGCGCUGAUACGCAGAACAUCUCUGUCGGUACCUUCCCUCGCGGCUUGACGCGUUCUGCGCUACAGGCCGAGUGCCUUCGCGUCGCCGAGGUGACCAAGGGGAAUAUCUCUUCCAUGCUGCAUGACGUUCGGCGAGGAAGACGGACAGAAAUCGAGUUUUUGAACGGGUACUUGGUUGGCCUGGGCGGGAAGCAUAGAGUCGAGAUGCCCGCUAAUAUCAUGUUAAUGAACCUCAUUAAAAUGCGGAGUGCUAUACCAAUAGACCAAAUAUUACCUUAG